AUGGCGGAACCACGUACACGCUCAGCCUUGUACGGGGAUCUGAACACUUCUUCUGCUCAAAUCCGCCUCAUCAAGUUGAGCCGAGAUGACACCAUCAGGAGCGGACACGUGAGCGGGGACCUCACGGCCUACUCGCUUACUGACCCAAGCUGUCCGCCAUUCACGACAGUUUCCUACACCUGGGGCGUCGUCAAGGACCAUCACGAAGAAUUCAUUCGGCUGAAUGGCCAUAAUAAAUUCGUAUUGCGAAAUGUACUAGCGCUUCUUCGCAUGCUUUGUUCUACCUCAUCCGAGUCCUUCGACCUUGCGGAAGACUGGUUCUGGAUAGACUCUAUAUGCAUCGACCAGGACAACAUCAGUGAGCGCACGUCACAAGUCAAGCUCAUGGGCCAGAUAUAUCGCCAGGCCAAAGGCACCAUUGUCUGGCUUGCCGAUGGAUCCGAUGACACAACUACAGCCAUUAAUCUGCUGUCACAUCUCGCCGAGCGAAGACACGAGUUUCGCCGAGAUUAUAAAAAGCGUGCCCGGAAAUCCAUGCCUGCGGACUUGAUAGACCAUCCUGGUUGGAAGCCAUUGGAAAGCCUUCUGGAUCUUCCCUGGUGGCGAAGAGUCUGGACGCUGCAGGAAUUCAUAUUAGCCAAAGACUUGACCUUCUACUGCGGUGCCCAAUCUAUAUCUCGCCAUGAAUUUCGGAGGGGAUUACACGCACUUGAAUUAUGCGGACCUUUGGAGCAGUACAUCAAGACCACUGUAUGGACCACAGCUUGGAAUCGCAGGAGGCUCCUUCAGUGGUACGAACAUGAUCAGAAUCGCUAUAAAAUGAGCCUAGUAUCCUUGAUGGCGUUCUGCGGAGACUAUGAAACGACCGACUCGAGGGACAGAAUCUGGGCGGUGCAUGGCCUCGCUCGUGAGGAAGACCAGCAGAUGAUUGGCCGUCCGACGUAUUGCUACGAUGCAAGGACUCUCUACACCGGCCUCGUUCAAGCUUUCCUGGCCCAUUACAGAAGUCUGGACAUUAUAUGUUUUGCGCAACUCUUCCAAAGCCACGAUACGGACUGGCCAACCUGGCUGCCUGACUGGCGCGUCCAUUGCCCGCCAUAUGUGGUCCCUCUUAUGGUCAGCCAGAGCGCCAAUGAGCCCUUGGCCAACUUCAGACCUGUCACCGGGCCACCAAGAUCAGCAAAGAAAGUGAAAAGGAUAUCAGCUUACAAAGCUUCUGGUGCUGAACUGCCCGUGGCGAAUUCAAGCGACAUGUUCAAUCAUCUGAAAUGUCGAGGCGUCAUGAUCGACUCUAUCGAUGGGCUCGGGGGCAUACCAUCGUCGGACGGUCGCUUCGUACCAAGCACUGCAUCCACGUCCCCAGUCAACACUACAUUCACGAACGAAUCAAGUAAUGGGAACACAUAUAGAGGGCUUAUCCGUUCCAUAGUACUCGACCGACAAGAUAAAUACCUUGAAUUCCGUGCGCCGAUUCCACAGUACGGAAGAGAGUUGAGGCAGCUCGUGAUGACCGCAAAUGAAGGCAGUGAGCCUGGAGCAGCAGGACCACCCUGGUUCCUGGAAUGGUGGGAGCUGAACAAAGACCUCCGUAUACAUGGACUGUCUGUGAAGGAUAUUUGUCAAUUGCAAAACACCGCUUCUAAAUCAACUAUCACUGGAGAGCCCAUUUUGAAACAUUCAAAAAGCGCCUUUUCUCGGAUACGAGGCGUCAUGGGCGGAAAGAUUCGUCGCCUCAUGGUCACAACUGAUGGCUCCAUUGGAGUAGCCCCCAGAAGAGCACAAAAAGGAGACAUUGUUUGUGUGCUCUACGGAUGCAGUGUCCCUGUAGUCCUACGAAAGUGUGGUACUGAAUUUGAAUCUGUAACUUUGUUCGAAUUUAUUGGCGAGUGCUACUUAGAUGGUUUGAUGGACGGAGAAGUCCUGAAUUUAAACAAGGAAGCGAAAGAUUUCAUCAUCCGAUGA